AUGGAGCUGUGCGAAGGGGGUGACCUGGUGCAGAGGAUCCUGGACAAGGGGAACUACACGGAGCGCGACGCGGCAGCCAUCAUCCGCAGCGUGCUGCAGGUCGUCGCGUAUGCCCACGACAUGGGGGUGGUGCAUCGGGACAUCAAGCCGGACAACAUCCUGCUGAAGGUCGAAUCAGACGUGACGUCACUGCAGCUGGCGGACUGGGGCUUUGGCACGUUUGUAACCCCCGGGGAGCAGCUGCACCGUCUGUGCGGGACGUCGUACUACAUGCCGCCGGAGAUGAUCGAUGGCAAGUAUGACGAGCGCGCCGACGUCUGGUCCUGCGGCGUCAUGCUGUACGUGCUGCUGGCCGGCCAGCCACCGUUCUACGCAGUCUGCGACGACGCGGUCAUGCGCAAGGUCAAGAACGACGGCAUACCCAACCUCACCUGCAACCCGUGGCCCUUCAUCAGCGACGACGCAAAGGAGGCUGUCAUGCGCAUGAUGACGUACGACCCCGCUCACCGCCCCAGCGCCAGGGAGAUGCUGAACCACCCGUGGAUCAGGGAGGACGGUGUGGCGUACGACAACGUCAUCCAGCCGGAGGUGCUGCAGCGCCUGCGCGGAUUUGCGGCGAUGACCGAGUUCCGGCGGCACGCGUCGCUGGUCAGUGCGUGCGGAGGGGGAGGCGAGGGGGAGGGCCACCACGGGGAAGCCUGCCUCUGCGUCUCGGCCAGACCCGCGAGAGUUGCACGUGCUGGCACCAGCUGCCGAUAA